AUGUCGUCGCAGCUUGCGUGGAGAAGGAGCGCAGCACCACUUUCCGCACCUCAUCGAACUCCCUCUCCGCCGCUCUCGUCCCAAAAGCCAACAAAGGCCGAUUUGAAGCCCGGCAAGAGAUUCUUUCUCCCAAAUCUCGCCGACAUCACCAGCUCCUCCACCAUCCACAGACAAAUCGGCCAAAGCGUGCCAGGCCAAAUGUCCCAACAACUGACCAUGGCGGCCUUCGAGCACCCCGUCAUCGCCCUCUCCUACCGCGACGUCUCCGGCAGCACCAUCGUCACCUGCCAUUGCCUCACAUCCUGGAACGGACGCCGCCUCGAAGACGCGUGGUCCCACAAACCCGAAAAUUGGACAAAAGUGUGCAUGAUCGAACACAACGACGAGCUCCCUCCCAAGGACGUCAAGCACCUCCACCUCCACACAAAAUCGGCAAAGAACAGCAAACAGUCGUACGUCUUCUUGUGGACCUUCGACAUCGAGGUCGAGAACCUGCGCUUCGACCUCGCGGACCGCCACGGAGAGGUCGUGCUUGACGAAGCAGCUGUCAAGCACCUCGUGAACCACAACCGCCUCAUCAACCCGGCGGCAAAGAAGAUCCCUCUCAGGCCUCUUACGCCCCCUUCGUCUCUUGCGCCACAAGUCUCGCCGCUGCUUAUUAGACGGCCGGUCAAGACUUCGUAUCUCCACGUUCGCGCCAACUCUGCGCCUUUCUAG